UGUCCUCUAAUCCAGAAAUAAACAUAUGGUUUGAUGACUCAGUGAAUUCGUAUUGGCAGAUUACAACUCGAGAAUACUAUUGUAAAACAGUCUUUCACAUAAUGCAAGAUCACAAGAUGUGAAAAUUUGUCGUGAAAUAUGCAGAAAGCUUUGGGUCUUGUUGGUCUCGUUUUUACUUGUUGCAUGCUGCUCUAUGUUGUACUCUGGAUUAAUCUCCAUGAAAAGUGGACUGGGUAUCAGUACUGUCAUUUUUUAUUUAAUUUUAAUUUAAUUUAAUACUUGAACUUUGUGGAUUACACAGAAAAAAAGCUUUUUUUCUGUUUCUUUUUUACUUUUUGCUAUUUUUCUUUCCUUUGAAAGAAUCAAAGGAAUAGUGAACUACAAGUCUCUCCAAAGAAGAAAACCCCUCUUACUCCACUGAGCUUGAAGCCAGUAUAACCCCUAUUCCAGUUCUAUAUAAGAAAAAUUUUAUGAAACUUCCUGAGUGGGAAUUUGAGGAUGUGUAUUUGCAAGACCAUCAAACAAGAAUAACAACCUGUCCAAAGUCCCUACACAACACUAAGGAUCCCAAGUUCCGGGAAGUUGUCCUUCCCAACAUUCAACUAUGGCUGUACAGAGGUCAACUUAGCAUAACAGAAUGGAAUCGUCUGGCACACUUCAACAAUCCUUUUGGCUUCAUGGAGUACAAUUACAAUGAGAUAAAAGUAGUAGUGGAUUUGAUACCAAAGCCUAAGUCUUCAAUAUUGCUGACGGUUCCUGGAAGUGCAAAGGAUGGCUGUAUCCGCUGUGCUGUUGUGGGUUGUGGUGGCAUUCUCAAUAACUCAAAGAUGGGCAAGGAGAUUGACUCCCAUGAUUAUGUCUUUCGAGUGAAUGGGGCACUUACAAAAGGAUUUGAGAAGGAUGUUGGUAGUAAAACCUCUGUCUAUGUGCAUACUGCUUAUUCCUUAUAUGCCAGCCUUCAAAGAUUUAGACAAUAUGGCUAUGACAGGAUUCCACAAGAUAAGGGCAUCAAAUAUGUCAUGAUCCCUGAAGGCCUGAGAGACUUCCAGUGGCUCCAAGGUCUACUACAGGGAAAAGAAGCCACAGGGUCCUUUAAGGGUGUGAGGCCACUGAAAUUCUUCAAUGGGCAUUUUAAUGAAAGUAUAUUCUAUGUUCUUCAUCCAGAUUUUCUUCGAUACAUUCGCAACAGAUUCAUGGCAUCCAACCAGCUGCAGGACAACACCUGGGCAAUGUACAGACCAACCAAUGGAGCAUUUGCUUUGUUUUUGGCUAUUCACACAUGUGAUAUUGUGGAUGCUUAUGGGUACAUCACAAAAGACCACCAUAAGUACUCCAACUAUUACUUUGAAAGGUUCAAAAAAACAAAUGUAAUUUUCUAUACUAAUCAUGACUACGGUCUGGAGAUAAAGAUGUGGAACAAACUACAUAACACUGGAAUCAUUAGUCUCUACCAAAGACAAGAGAACUUAAACACAACAAAGACAUGAGGACUUCCUCUAUUCUGUGUGUUUGCAUAUUAAGCUUUUGUCUUUACCUUUUAAAAAUAUAUUUUCAAAGCCAUGUUGUGUCAAGGUAAAUGUUUUGAUGGUGAAAUUUCCUAUUCAAAACCAUGGGCAGAAGCAAAAAGUCAUGCUGCAUGUGAAAGCAGGUUGUAGUACUAUUAAUGAUCUCUUGUGGGGGUUUUUUGUGUGUAAUGGGAAAUUAAUUUUGUGUCAGUUGUACUUGUAUUUAUGCUAAUUGUAAUAUAUUUAAUACAUAUUUUAGGUUAAAACAUGAUAAGCCUAUAUUAUAUGAACAUAUUUGUUGUGAAUGAAUUAAUUAAGGGGGAUUAAGUCUAAAUGUUCUGAACUUUGCUAUAUGUUGUCCUUAGUAAACAGUAGCCUAAAUCAUGAAGUUUUUUCAGACACUAUGUGCAAUAGUACUUGGGUCAUUCCAGAGAUUCUGUAAAAUUUCAGGCCUCCUAAAUUUUAAAAGUGGUGGUUCACUUAAAUGAAAUGUUGAAAGGUUUUUACAAGAUGUUGAUAUCCAUUAUAAUUAAUUAAAAUAAUUAUUGCAUUAAAAUAAUCUUUAUCAUAAAAGAAUAUCUUUCUACUGAAUCUUCUACUGGCACUUCACUGAAUUUGUACCUAGAAUUUUUUAUGUUGUUUUCUAAACAAAAGAAUGUGCACACUGUCUAAAAAUGUUGUCAUUAUUGUAAACAUUUACUUGUGUUCCUUUGCUGAAAAAUAUAUUGUAAAAAAAAAUGCUUGCUUAUAUAUAUA